AUGACUGCUUCUUUGGGAAUUGAUCAUUCUCAGACUAAUAAGAUUUCAGUUUCGACUGCUCUUCCUACUGCUAAUGUAAUUGUGUCAGGGAAUGGACAUCGUUCCUUUGAGAGAGCACUCUUUGAUUCUGGUGCGCAAAGAACGUUUAUUGCAACGGAAUUAGCCCAUAAGCUUAGUCUAUCGUCCAUAGCAACAGUAGCCUUAAAGCAAACCCUCUUGCAUCAUUUAUCUCUACAUGAUAAUCCCCUUGCAUCAUCUCUGAUGAACAAUUUCUAUGUAGAUAAUGUUAGUAAAACUUACAAGGAUGUGUCAGUACUUGAUGGCAUGAGUAUCCAGUAUGUGGCCUCAUGGAGCGCAAUCAGUGAUGGCACACAGACCGACGAUGGAAGAGAGGAUCCAGCAGCCAUAUAUACCCUCCUGAGGCAUGUCGCACAGGGCUGGCGGGAAGUGGAUCUGGUCCUCAGUGACACCAGAGCAAUCUUCAACCAGUUGGAGCACCUCUCAACACGGGCUGAUCGGGAACAGCUACCAAACAGUGAUGACGUCAGAGUGACUGCAGAAGCCCUAGCCAAGUUGGCCCACACUUACCGCUUCAACUCUUCGUCUCUUGCUGAGGGUAUUAUUCGCAGUACUGCAGAGGUUGACGGGGACUGUGUGGACAAACAAUUGAAUUCAGUCUUGCAUCCCUUGUCUGUUGACGAGCUGGCAUCCAUAGGGGUAGCAGCGAUGAACAAAGGGUAUUUUGAUGUAGGCGUUGAGUUUCUGAAAGCAGCUAGUGUACGGGCGUCAUCCAACCCCCUUUGGACCCUACCAGGGAAACAGAUGCAACAUUUGACGAUAUCUUCAGAAUAUUCCACACAGCACAUCGAGAGUUUGUUGAGGACAGCCGUAAAAGUGCAUAAUCACGUUUUGGAGGUGCGGGGUCCACGGUCGCUAACUCACACGACAUCUCGCGUGCGAUUCGAGACUACUAGACUCGAAAUUCAGUUGAGAAAACGAGAGAAGGAGCGGCAAGAAAAGGAAAAUGUUAUACUAAGUGACCAGUAUUUGUCACGUCACGACAAUAAGACGUGGAUGCUGAACCACAGGGCGCUGGUAGAACUGCAACAGGUAGAACGACUCUGCAGAGGAGAGGAUCUCAGGGAAAUCAACGUCAGUUCUUCUUUAAGCUGCAGCUACUUGAACAGCAGGAGUCCCUGGCUUUUGCUGGCACCAUUCAAGAUGGAAGUUGUGUCACUUGACCCUCACAUAGCUCUGCUGUACGACGUCGUAACACCGAGGGAAUCGGAGAAUAUCAAAGCUGCAGCCCGCAAAUCUCUUCAGACACCGCCUCCCCAACAGGUUACCCAGAAAGGAAGGCCCCCCCCGGAAGAGUGGUCCUUGAAGCAUGUAUGGCUCGAAAGCAAAUCUCAAGAAUCACUACAGCGUCUAAGUCGCCGACUGUCUCAUGUAACAAACUUAAACAUUGAUGACAACACAUCCGAACCUUUUAUGGUGGCAAAUUACGGAAUUGGUGGUGAAUAUAAAGCUCACAGAGACACCCACGGACCCACUAGAACCCCCCCAGAUGAGGAAAUAGGAGAACGAAUUGCUACCAUCGUUACUUAUCUUGAGGCUCCUCGUGCUGGUAAAUAG